UGAUCCACCCACCUCAGCCUCCCAAAGUGCUGGGAUUAUAGGAGUGAACCACUGCGCCUGGCCAGCAAUGUGUUUUUAAUGUUGAAUUAUAAUUGUUCGUUGCUGGUAUAUAAGAAAACAGUUGACAAAGAUAGUUUUAUUUCUUCCUUCCCAAUCUUUUAUUUCCUUGUCUUGUCUUAUUGGACUAGCUAGGGCUUCAAUAUGAUGUUGAAUAGGAGUGGCAAGAGGGGGACAUCUUUACCUUAUUCUAAUCUUAGGGAGAAAACUUCUAGUUUCUCACCAUUAAGUAUACCCUAGCUGUAGGGUUUUUUUGGUAGUUGUUCUUUAACAAGUUAAGGACAGUUCCCCUCUACUAGCUUGAGUAAGUGAAGGCUGGAUUUCUGAAGCUUCAGUGUGAAAUGAUGUGAAAUGCUGUGUGACAUCCAGAGGGGGAUGUUGGAGUUAAGCAGAGUACCUAGGAGAGGGGACUGGGAUGGAGAAAGAGCAGGGAAUCACUGGCAUAUCCAUGAUGCCCGAAGUCAUGGCUAUGGAUGUGAUUGCCAGGGAAGUAUGUGCUGCUGUUGGUCAGGCAAUUGGUCACCUUAAACAAAAAUAAUCACAACUCUGUGCAUGAUAAAUACCUGUGACUCUAAAUGUGUGUUCCUGAGGAUAGCCUGGCUACCUCACUAGGACCACAGUGUAAAUAUUGUUGAUGGCCUGCUGUACCUUAGGCACCGUGCUAGACAGUGCCUUGCAUUAUCAGGUUAUCUCAUUUAAUCCUUGCAGUUUUCAAGAUGAGUACUGUUAAUACAAUUACCAGAUUGAGAAAACAGAAACCCAGAGGGUUUCGAUAUCUUACCCAGGUGAGAGCACUCAUAAGACAGGGCCGAAAGUGACUCUGAAGCCUAUGCUUGCCCUGCUCUCCCACACUGCCCACAGUGUUUGGGCAAGGAGAAAAAACAGGCUCAGAUGGGAAUGACUGCAGGGAGUCUGAGGAGAGGACCCAUGUCCAUUGGGUCAUCUGGAGUGGCCUGAGGCUCAGCACCACUCCCACCAGGAGGGAAGGGCUUGCUUGACCCAAAGUGCCUAGCCUGGAGUGUCUAGUCCCACACUGCAAGGAGAGCUGCAAGUCUAAGGGGAACCUCCACCUCCAGAAUUCAGGCAAUGGUGGCUAAGAUGAGAGGACAGUUAUCCAUCCACUGACCCUGGCCCCUCACACUCUUAAACAUUCCCUGGUCUUCCACAUACCCUGACCCACCAUACCUGUACUCUCCAACCCCCGAGGAUGGGCCUGCGCUGAGUCUAUGUGCUGCUUUACAGAGUUUGAAUAAUUCAAGCCCCAGAGGCCUGAGGUAUCAGUUUCCUUUGCUCUGUUGUCAUGGGGACAGGUGUCUUAACACCUGUGUAAUGCACAGGUAUAAUUAAGCUAAUGAAAGGGCAAAGAGGGAAGGGCUGCUGUCCUGUGCCUCAGAUGACUCUGGGCUGAUCAAGGGAGUCCCUGGUCCCUGUUCUGCUGAGAGAGCAGCAGGCCCAUCUAGAGUCCAGGUUCUGUCCAUACCAUCCUUGCCAGCUGGGCCUAAUUUUGCCCUAGGUCUGGCCAGGAGGUGUCACACCCAGAGACCUGCCCCACCUCUUGCAGUGCCAGGACCAUGGGGCUCCGGAGCCACCACCUCAGCCUGGGCCUUCUGCUUCUGUUUCUACUCCCUGCAGAGUGCCUGGGAGCUGAGGGCCGGCUGGCUCUCAAGCUGUUCCGUGACCUCUUCGCCAACUACACAAGUGCCCUGAGACCUGUGGCAGACACAGACCAGACUCUGAAUGUGACCCUGGAGGUGACACUGUCCCAGAUCAUCGACAUGGAUGAACGGAACCAGGUGCUGACCCUGUAUCUGUGGAUACGGCAGGAGUGGACAGAUGCCUACCUCCAAUGGGACCCCAAUGCCUAUGGCGGCCUGGAUGCCAUCCGCAUCCCCAGCAGUCUUGUGUGGCGGCCAGACAUCGUACUCUAUAACAAGGCGGACGCGCAGUCGCCAGGCUCGGCCAGCACCAACGUGGUCCUGCGCCACGAUGGCACUGUGCGCUGGGACGCACCGGCCAUCACGCGCAGCUCGUGCCCCGUGGACGUGGCGGCCUUCCCGUUCGACGCCCAGCGCUGCGGCCUGACGUUCGGCUCCUGGACUCACAGCGGGCACCAACUGGAUGUGCGGCCACGCGGCGCUGCCGCCAGCCUGGCGGACUUCGUGGAGAACGUGGAGUGGCGCGUGCUGGGUAUGCCGGCGCAGCGGCGCGUGCUCACCUACGGCUGCUGCUCAGAGCCCUACCCCGACGUCACCUUCACGCUGCUGCUGCACCGCCGCGCCGCCGCCUACGUGUGCAACCUGCUGCUGCCCUGCGUGCUCAUCUCGCUGCUUGCGCCGCUCGCCUUCCACCUGCCCGCCGACUCGGGCGAGAAGGUGUCGUUGGGCGUCACCGUGCUGCUGGCGCUCACCGUCUUCCAGCUGCUGCUGGCCGAGAGCAUGCCGCCGGCCGAGAGCGUGCCGCUCAUCGGGAAGUACUACAUGGCCACUAUGACCAUGGUCACAUUCUCAACAGCACUCACUAUCCUUAUCAUGAACCUGCAUUACUGUGGUCCCAGUGCCCGCCCAGUGCCAGCCUGGGCUAGGGCCCUCCUGCUGGGACACCUGGCACAGAGCCUGUGCGUGCAGGAAAGAGGGGAGCCCUGUGGGCAGUCCAGGCCACCUGAGUUAUCCCCUAGCCCCCAGUCUCCCGAAGGAGGGGCUGGCCCCCCAGCGGGCCCUUGCCACGAGCCACGAUGUCUGUGCCACCAGGAAGCCCUACUGCACCAUGUAGCCACCAUUGCCAAUACCUUCCGCAGCCACCGAGCUGCACAGCGCUGCCAUGAGGACUGGAAGCGCCUGGCCCGUGUGAUGGACCGCUUCUUCCUGGGCAUCUUCUUCUCCAUGGCCCUGGUCAUGAGCCUCCUGGUGCUGGUGCAGGCCCUGUGAGGGGUAGGACUAAGUCACAGGGAUCUGCUGCAGCCACAGCUCCUCCAGAAAAGGACAGCCAUGGCCAAGUGGUUGCUGGUCUGUAAGCCAGCCAGUCUCUCCCCACUACUCCUAAGACCCUGGGACACUUGACUUCACAAUCCACAAGGGAGCACUCAUUGUGUACACACCCUAACUAAUGGAAAUCCAGAGCCUGCCACUCCCCUAAUUCCAAAAAAAAAAAGAAGAACUCUACAAAGGCCAAGGUCACAGAGUACAGUCUUGGAGGGACAGAAUUGUUUGUGCUGGGUACUAGAGCUCUCAGUGGAGAGCAUGCGGGUUAUCAUGAGAAACUGAACUGAACUGCUCCGUUUCCUGUCUUCCUUCCUAGGUGGCUUCUUUGCAGGGCCUUGGCUCUUACCUUUCCCUGCCGAGAGGCUCAGGGAAAAGGAUUGGGGAUUCUCAGUUGAGUUUCCAGAGCAGGAGGCCCUACAGACAUUUGGCCCCACAUCCCCGACUCAAUAAAGUAAGCGUGUACCUA